AGUUCCCUAGCUCCAGCCGCCGUUGCUGCCUUCUGUGUAGUUGCAGCCACCACUGUCUCCCGCCAGCUCACUCCGGGGAAGGAGAACGCGCGCGAGCUCGGGCGUCCACGCCCCAGCCUUUCCCGGAGCCAUGAAUCCCAAUUGCGCCCGGUGCGGUAAGAUCGUGUACCCCACGGAGAAGGUGAACUGUCUGGAUAAGUUCUGGCAUAAAGCAUGCUUCCAUUGCGAGACCUGCAAGAUGACACUCAACAUGAAGAACUACAAGGGCUACGAGAAGAAACCCUACUGCAAUGCACACUACCCCAAGCAGUCUUUCACCAUGGUGGCUGACACCCCGGAAAACCUCCGUCUCAAGCAACAGAGCGAGCUCCAGAGUCAGGUACGCUAUAAGGAAGAGUUUGAGAAGAACAAGGGCAAAGGCUUCAGCGUGGUGGCAGACACACCCGAACUCCAGAGAAUCAAGAAGACCCAGGACCAGAUCAGUAAUAUAAAAUACCACGAGGAGUUUGAGAAGAGCCGCAUGGGCCCCAGCGGGGGCGAGGGCAUGGAGCCUGAGCGCCGAGAUUCCCAGGACAGCAGCAGCUACCGGCGGCCCCAGGAGCCGCAACAGCCUCACCACACCCCGACCAGCGCCCCAGUUUACCAGCAGCCCCAGCAGCAGCAGGCGGCCCCGUCCUAUGGUGGCUACAAGGAACCUGCAGCCCCAGUCUCCAUACAGCGCAGCGCCCCAGGCGGGGGCGGGAAGCGGUACCGUGCCGUCUACGACUACAGCGCUGCCGAUGAGGACGAGGUCUCCUUCCAGGAUGGGGACACCAUCGUGAACGUGCAGCAGAUCGACGACGGCUGGAUGUAUGGGACCGUGGAGCGCACCGGUGACACGGGGAUGCUGCCGGCCAACUAUGUCGAGGCCAUCUGAGCCCACGGGGCGCCACCUGCCCCACCAGUCUUCAGUGCAUUCCACAGCAUCGCAUCCGUCCUGGGCGUGACCUGUCCACCCGUCAGUGUCUUUGUUUUUUUAAAUCUGCGACAGCUUGUUUAUUCCCACCCUCCUCCAGCUUCUUUUGCCAACUGAAGCCUUGGUCUGCCACUUUCGCAGGCUCCUUCCUCUGACAGGUUUUCCUCUUGACCAACUUCUUGGUUUUCUCUCUGGAUGGAACAGGUGUGGACCUCUCAGGGGAAGCUGAGGCCCGUGAGACUGGUCUAGCAUGGGAGACCUGUCAGCUCCCAGGCCUCUGCCUUCUCUCUUUUCGGCCCCCUCAGAUUCUCCCAGCCACCUCCUCACAUACCCAAACAUUCCUGGGUGAGCCCCAGGACUCCCAGGGGAGGGGCUCCAUACAUUCCUGGGACUAGGACCCCACCGCCCUUGCCCUGGGAUGGUGUAGGUACCAGAGAGAAGGCUUUGCCUCUGCUUCUCAAAGGAGGGGCUGCUGGCCCUCUGUGGGUCCCCUCACCAACCUCUCCCCCGCUCAAGGACAACAAAGAAGGGUAAAGUUCCCGCUUUGGAGUUCAUUCAUCCUCCUCACACAUGUUCCUUCUUGCACUGUGAUUUUGCUCUCCUGUACACACAGACCCAGUAUGGAUGAGAAGCUCCCCAGGAAGUGUGUGGCUUGGGUCAAGUUCUGGCCUUUCUGACGUUUAGGGACAGCUGCAGGAAGGAAGGGGACAUGGUGUUCUCUCCCGCAGCCCUUUUUCCUCACUCCCACCCCCAACCUCCUGGGACCCUGGCUGGCCUCCUUGGCUGGAAGCCGUGCUCCUGAAAGGUGGGGCUAGGAAGCCUCAGGCCUCUUGGCCUUCGAGGCCCAGCCCCCGAGAGCUGGGCUGGGUGGGCCACUCCUCCCAGUUCCUCAUGGGAAGAUGUCUCUGGCUUUCUGUGGCCUCCUCCCCGGCCCGCCGCCGAGUGGACCAGAAUUGUGCAAAGCCACAGCCUCUAUCUCCAGAAUUUAGCAUGUGGGGGAAGGAGCAUGUAUGUGUGUAGGUGUCUGUGACAGGCUAGUGUGAGCAUGAGUGUGAGAAAUGGGGCAGUGUGCGGCCUGCUGGAGUCUCGAGGCUUACGUGAGGGUAUGCAGAGCUAUCUUCCUCUGAUACUUUCUUCAAAACCCACAGUGAGAGGGGAGGGCCCUGGGGGAAAGACGUUCCUUAGGUUUUCUUUGGAGUGAAAAUUCUUCAUUUCCUUCUAUCCCCAAAUAGAGGAAGCCCACCCACCCCGUUUUGCAGUGUCCAGAGGACUGGUGGCGGCUGAUAUUAUAGCCUGCUGGGGUAGGGAUGGUGGAAGCCUUCAUGGCUCCAGUCAUAUUCUCUUCCCUCAUUUCUGUCCUGGGCUGCACAGUAGGCGCCAACGGACCCAAUGACAUUCACGCUAUGGAUGCCUCAUUCUGGGGGACUCUUCCUCUAGGCCUUCCCCUUGCUUACCUAAAGCCCCCUUGAAGCAUUGGGAGAGGGUUCCAGGGCUACAAAACUGGAAGCACAGACCCCGGGAUAAGGAAAGGAAAGACGGUGCUAUCUCCAAGUCCUUUCUGUCCCUCAAUGGGGGCUGUGACAAUCCUUCCCUGGCUUUACUCAUCUCUGGGCUUUCUCAUCACCCUCUGGGUCACCCCUCCCAUCUUUACCUUGAGUCAACUCAGGCCCCACAGUUGACAUCUUUGCAUCCUUGUCACGUACAAGGCGGGUGGUGGUGGGGAAGGCCUGCAGGCAGGCAGCAAUCAAGUUCUCACUGCUUGCGAGUUAAAUUGGGAACAUUUACCCCUAAUCAGAGAGCUGAGGAAAAUGGCUGUGGGGGAGGAGCCACUGCCUUUUCCAGUCCCUUUUCCUGCUUGGCGCCAGCCAAUCUGAGUGCAGGUGGAGGAUCUCAUAUUGGGGGAUGAGGGAGCAACUUGGGGAGCCCUGGGGGCAGGCGUUGGUCCAUUCUGCUUCCUCUUGAUCUCAAAGCACAACAUUGAUUCUGGGGCCAAAGGUCAGAGACACAUCCUGUCGGAGGACCUGCGGUUGGCAGGGUGGUGAGAGGACGGGAGGAGGGCCUGAGAAGCAAGAAACAGCCUUUUCACUCCGCUUGAGUUUCCUUCCAAAAUAAGGCAAGCCAGCCACUGGAAUCCUGCUGCCGGGCCCUCUGCUCCUCCCAUCCUAAAAAUAGGGGACCUUUUCUUACCUCCAGAGAGAGGAGGGACUAUCACACUGGUGCUGAGGGACCCAGGGGCUUCUGGGAGUCCUUGUUCCUCUCCAGAACCUCUAUUUCCUAGAAGAGCACAGAACCUGAGAGCAGGGCCGAGUCCCUGGUCUUUUCUUACAGUUCACAGAGGUCUUUUAGCCAAUCUAAUCCGAGGAGAGAAGAUACAGCAGAGCUAGAAUGUGAAUAUAACAUUAGUGGACCAAUAAUAAAAUGCAAGAAGCCCAAUGGUGAGAAAAGUGAAUUCUCUCAACAAUGCUUUGUUUUCUUCCUCAUGUCCCUCCAGGGAAAACUAUUGCUUAAUUUUUGCCUUUUUCCCCCCUCACAUAUGCACUUUUGGGCCUUUUUUUUUUUAAUAGCUGGAAAAAAUAUAUACCACCCCACAAACCUGUAUUUAAAAAGAAACAGAAAUGACCAUGUGAAAUUUGCCUCUGUCCAAACAUUUCAUCUGUGUGUGUGAAGCAGUCAUUCAUCUUUUUAUAUGGGGUGGUUGUCUCUUGGUCUGUUUGGUCCCCUCCCUCGUGGGCUUGUGCUUGGGAUCAAAUCUUUCUGGCCUGUUAUGAUUCUGAACAUUUAACUUGGACCACAAGUGAAUCUUUCUGGUGACUCAAAUAAAAGUAUAAUUUUUACCUGCGGA